AAAGUUAUUAUGUUUUCUACAGAAACAAGGUGAAAUUAUUGGCUUUUCUGUCAGUGGGACUCUACCUUCUGGCACAGUAUUUGUUGGUGACUUGUUUUUCUAACUAAGUGGCCCAAACGCGACUUCAGUUGUUUUUUAUUAUUAUUUUGAGCCCUGAAUUCUUUAAAUUUAGAAAAGUAAUAGCGUUACUCAAGAAAGGUGAUCACUGCCAUGUAAACAACUACGGGCAGAUUAUUGUGCUGCAACGAUAAGUAAAAUCCUAGAAAAAGCAGUCCACACUCAACUGUACGCUCAUCUUAAGAACAAUGAGACUGCGGCAUCAAAAACAAUUUGGGUUUAGACCUUAUUUAUCAACGAGGACAGCCUUGCCUCACUUCACAGACAAUAACCAGGAUAUGGUUGUCUUACAUGUGUUUUUUUGGACCUUUCGAAGGCCCUCGAUACCGUUGAUUAUCACUUGCUAUAGCAAAAACUGGUGAACAUCGGUCUCACCUCCGUUACCACCCAGUGGCUUUGAUUGUACCUCACAAACAGGUCACAAAUCACAUCAGUUGGAGAGCACACUUUCACCGACCGAAAUGCCUUUCGGAGUAACCCAACGCUGCAUAUUGGGACCUCUUCUGUUUUUGAUUUAUGUCAACGACCUUUCAGAUGGUCAUUAUUAUUUCCUUUUCUUUCAUUGGGACUAUAUCUUCUGGCCAUUUUUUCGCUGGCAAUGUGUUUUUCUAAAUUAGUGGCCUGAAGACGACUUAAACAUUUUUCUUUGUUCUUAUUUGAAGCCCUAAAUUCUUUAUACGUAUUAAACUGUAAAAAUUUAGCAGAAAAUGUCUGACAGUUCCUUUCAUGAUUUCCAGGCACCUUUAUUGACCUUGUGACACUUACAAUCGGAACCCCAGAUCUAAGCGAUGAGAAGAAAGAAAGCUUGAAAGAAAUUUUAAAACCCUCGGUGACUGCGUACAUGAAAUACCAUAGGCCUUCAACACUUCUUGACUUUGAUAACUUUUUUGGACAUAUGACAAAGAUUUACAGAACGGCUUUGGUCUCUGUGAAAAUUAGUUCUUUGGUAAUAUCCGUGAAGUGCCCCACUCUAGAGAGUCUUGAGAGGCUGUGGAAAGACUAUCAAUCGGGUUGCCUUAAUGACAUCGCUGAGAGAUUUCUUGUGACUGAUGAACUAAAGAGAAAGCUCGGGUUGGACAACAUCAGAUUGAAGACAACUAUAGAAGAAGAAAACUACUUGAUCUGUAAGAGAGCGUUCUUGGAAAACUCAGGUUAG